AUGAGGCGCCUAGGUGCAUUAGCCACAUUCUCUGCCCACGCCUGUGAAGGUUCACGCUCAUCCGGAAUCACACAGAAACUAGAUGAACGCCUUCACCCGGGCACUACAGUCCAUCGCGGUACCCGGUUCAUCCUCCCAUCUAUUGGCCUUACUGGCGCACCAUGCCAAUGUCUGGUUGGAUCCCAUAUCGUCAUAUGGUACCAUACUCGGCCAAGGCAGCUGACCAGGUUAUCCUCCGAGUCUUCCUCCCUUCAUGCACAGCCUCCUCGCUGCCAAUCCGGUUGGGCUCUGACGUGCGAGAAUGCGCUUGACUACACCUUCCUAGACAACAUGUGGUUAGACACGCCACAUGUUCUCAGUCUUUUGGAGCAUUUGGAGCAUAUGGGACGUGAGGAGCAAGGAAGGACUUGGUGCAUGGACGCAGCUCAACUGGAUACGCAAAGGAAGAAGGAGGAAGUCAUCUUGAAGACCAGCUCGACCACCUACUCGACCAUCCGGUCGAGUUCCUCAACUCGACCGGCCAAGCUUCAACUCGAUCGAGCUGAGAAGUCAACAGUCAAACCCGAAAAAUGUUGCUUCCCCCUUGACUUCCUUUGA